UUACAUACGUAGUACCGCAACAGCAAGCGGCAACCUGAAUUAGUCAUCUUAUCUCAUUUCGCCAGAAGUGACGAUCAAUAGCCCAACGAUUUUAAACAUUUUACUGCGAAGAACAAUAUAUCGCCGAUUUAUCCAGAGGGGAAUGUCCAAGCGAAAGGCCGAGGACACACAAUCCGGCAAAAUGGCAACGGCAGAGAAAGUAGCUCAGAACGAUUAUACCAUUGGCCUGGUGGAUCCCGUGAAGGAUUACCAAAAGCUCAUCGAAACACGCGUGCAGGUAGACGAAAUCGUGGAUGAUGAUGUCACCAAGGAGAAUUUCGAUCGAACGGCUGCAGCGGCGCGUGACGUCAUCUGGCGGCUGUUAUUCGACGAGGCCGGUACCUCGCAAUCGAACACAGAGAAGGCCAGCCAAUUGCUGGAGGAAUACCGUGGUGACGCCUGCUUCUACGACCCAACGCCGUAUAACGAAUGGAUUGUCAAGCUGAGGGAUGAGGUUCUAAAGAAGGAGCUCCUCGACUUUUGGCGUGAUGUGCUGGUGAAGAAGCAACUCGGUCCCUGUUGGUCACGCGACUGUGAUCUCUUUGACAGCGACGACACCCCGCCAUUGGAGUUCUAUGCCCAUGCCGGUUGUACCGCUCCAUUUGCAGCCAGCCUAAAGGUGCGCGCAGCACUGGAGGAGCAGGCUUCGCUGGAUCAGGAUGGGCCAGCGACGCCUACCACUCCGGGUGAACUGAGUGCCGAUGAUGCCGCCGCUCUGUCCGGCGAAUUUGAGGCCGCCCUGACCAAGGAAAAUCCUCUCGAGGAAUACCGAACGCUAAUGAAGCGCUUUGUCCUGACCAAAAUCAUCGUUCCGGACAGCGUUCACCAGGCCAGCGUGAAGAAGAUAGCGGCAGCCGCCAGGGAGAUAAUCUGGAAGCUGCUCUUCGAUGGCACACCCUCGGCGGAGGAUCAAAACAAGGCCGCCGAGCUGCUGCAGGAGUACAAGGGUGAUGCUGGUUUCUAUGGGCCCGACGACUACAACAGUUGGAUUUACAAGCUGAGGGAUGAGGUUCUCACCAAAGAGCUUCUCGACUUUUGGCGCGACAAGAUGGUGAAAAUGGAACUUGGUCCCAGCUGCGCCCGUGAUUCCGACUAUUACGACAACGAGGAUCCGCUGCCAUUCGAGUUUUACGAUAAGGCCGGUUGCAAGGCUCCUUUUGAAGCACCUGUAAAUGAUGAUUAGAAGGGCAUCCUUCAUGACUGAUGAUUUGUAUACAGAGCCCCUUUGGUGAAACCUUAAUCCAGGAAAAAACCUAUUCUGGUCGUAAUCUCUGAAAACAUAAACUGUAAAGCAUUUCAAUCUGAAUUUUAUUUCGAAAUGUCAAAAAUUGUUCAACGAUGAAUAAAAUGAUAAGUAUUUUAUAACUGUUCUCAAAAA